GGCUUGUACUAUUAGUGGUGCUGACAGAAGGACUGGCUUUAAUAGUCUAAACACUUGCCAUUGACAUCUCUAGCGACUUUUCCAAAAAGAAACAUGAACUUUUACAUCAUCCUGAUACUUUCUGUUGUUGCUGACAUUGUGGUUACAUCUGGAAUCUAUGGUGACAUUGGUAAAGUUCCUACAUCAGGUGCAAGUCGUAGAACAGCUCAACAGGACAGAUUAACCCUCACUGGUGUACAAGCUUCAAAAAAGUUGGCUGAAAAUGACCUUGGCAAAAUGAAUCAGUAUCACAAGUCUAAAAUUCAAUCGGUAGCUCAAAAAACAGGGAUGGAUGGAGCUGUCAUUGCUGGAAUAAUAUCCCGCGAAUCACGUGCCGGGAGUGCUCUGAAAAAUGGUUUGGGGGACCAUAACAAUGGUUUUGGUCUGAUGCAGGUUGACAAAAGGUACCACAAACCAGAGGGAACCUGGAACAGUGAAGCACACAUGAACCAGGCAACAAAGAUUCUUAUUUCAUCAUAUAAUACAAUGAUGAAAAACUAUCCUUCAGCUUCCAAAGAGACGUGGCUAAAAGGGGCGAUUGCUGCAUAUAACACUGGUACUGGAAGGGUUAAGAACUUAAACAGCGUUGACUUAUACACAACUGGAAGAGACUAUGCUAACGAUGUUGCUGCCCGUGCACAGUUCUUCAGGGCCCAUGGAUAUUAAAUGACGCCUUUUUAGUUGCUGGCAUCUUGUAUUUGCUUUGAUUUUACUAUGUGAAAUAAUGAUAAAAAAAUAAAUGAUAAGGAUUAAA